AUCCGCCGUUUUGGUUAGUUCCACUUUUGUGUUCUUCGUUUCUCUGUCAAAAGUUGCCACCAAAAAAGACUCCAAUUUGAGAGAUAUGCGAAGAUACAUACAUAUACUAUACAGGUAUAUACUUAUACGCACACCCUUCAUGUUCUUGUUUCUCUGUGUUCCGUAGUUGAUGCUCUUUGAUUCAUAACUGAAGCUUCGCUUUCGUGUUAAUGGAAUGCGACUUUCUCUCUCGAAAUAUGCGUUUUCCACCACCAAUUUUUCGAGCUCUCCUUAAUCCAAUUCCCACUAUUUAUACAUUCUCAAGACCAUUUUUGUUUUCUCUACGUUUUCGUUCAUUAUCUUGUGCUGCUUUGAAGGUUGUUGAACCCAAACAAGUAUCAACUGAUUCGGGUUCUGAUGAUUUGGAAAACCCACAAUUUCAGCUUCACAGUGGGUUUAAGGAAAUACCCACAAGGUUAUAUAGUCCUGAUUGGCCUGAAAGAAAUGCAAAUAUCAAAAUUGGGAGGAAUUUAGAUGGAGGAAUUGUAGAAUUGGAUAGAAAGGAGAGGCUUAAAGGGUAUUCGGAAAAGCUGCGAGAUUGUGCUUUGAAACUGUCUUUGAAUGAAGGGAAGGCAAUUCAUGGGCAGGUCAUCAAGAAUGGGAUACACCCAGAUAUGCACUUGUGGGUUUCAUUGAUUAAUUUCUAUGCAAAAUGUCAUGUUUUGAAUUUUGCGUGUCAGGUGCUUGACGAAAUGCCUGAGCAGGAUGUCGUGUCUUGGACAGCUCUGAUUUCUGGGUUUGUGGCUGAUGGGUAUGGAAGUGAUGGUAUUUAUUUGUUUUCUGUGAUGCGGAAUGAGGGUAUUAGACCGAACGAGUUUAGCUUAGCGACUUGCUUGAAAGCUUGUUCCAUUUGCUUGGACUUAGAGUUUGGGAAACAGGUACAUGCAGAGGUAAUUAAGCUUGGGUUUUUCUCAGAUAUUUAUGUCGGGUCUGCUCUUGUUGACCUUUAUGCAAAAUGCGGUGAGAUGGAAUAUGCAGAUAAAGUGUUCUUUUGCAUGCCCAAGCAAAAUGAUGUGUCGUGGAAUGCAUUGCUUAAUGGAUAUGCUCAGAUGGGUGAUGAGGAAAAGGUUUUCAAAAUGUUUUGCGGGAUAAAGUCAAAAAUGAAGUAUAGCAAGUUUACUUUGUCUACUGUCCUCAAGGGUUUUGCCAAUUCCAGGAAUUUGGGAGCUGGCAGGGUUGUGCACUCUAUGGCGAUCAAGAUUGGGUGUGAACUUGAUGAAUUUGUAAGUUGUACUCUUGUAGAUAUGUACUCCAAAUGUGAGUUGGCGGAUGAUGCACUCAAAGUAUUUAUGAGGAUAAAAAAUCCUGACAAAGUGGCAUGGACUGCAAUGAUCACUUGUUUUGAUCAGCAAGGGCAGAAAGGAGAAGCAGCAAAGCUAUUUCGAUUAAUGAGGAAGACUGGUUUGAGACCAAAUCAAUUUACCUUAGCUAGUAUUGUUAGUAGUGCCAUCGAUUUCAGCCCACAUUAUGGUGAAAGCAUUCAUGCUUGCGUAUACAAAUAUGGUUUUGAAUCUGAAAAUUUAGUCUGCAAUGCGUUGAUCACAAUGUACAUGAAAAUUGAAUCUGUAGAUGAUGGUUACCGGGUUUUUGAUGCAAUGAGUAACAGGGAUGUAGUUUCAUGGAAUGCUCUCUUAUCAGGAUUCCAUGACAAUGAAACCUUUGAUCAAGGGCCGAGUAUCUUCAACCAGAUGCUUGUGGAAGGUUUCAAGCCCAACAUGUACACAUUUAUCAGCAUUCUAAGGUCUUGUUCCAGCCUUUGGAAUGUCAGUUUUGGGAAGCAAGUGCAUGCCCAUAUUAUUAAAGAGAGCCUUGAUGAGAACAGUUUCAUAGGAACUGCUCUUAUUGACAUGUAUGCCAAGUGCAAGUGCUUGGGAGAUGCAGAAGCAGUUUUUAACAGAUCUAAUGAAAAAGACCUCUUCACUUGGACAGUUAUGAUUUCUGGUUAUGCGCAGACUGAUCAAGGGGAGAAGGCCAUUCAGUGCUUCAAUCAGAUGCAAAAAGAAGGUGUUAAGCCCAAUGAGUUCACCCUUGCCAGCUGUUUGAGGGGUUGUGCUGGGAUAGCAAGUCUUGAAAAUGGGCGGCUGCUCCACUCAUUGGCAAUUAAGUCUGGGCACUUUGGUGAUAUCUUUGUUGCUAGUGCACUUGUUGAUAUGUAUGGAAAAUGUGGAAGCAUAGAAGAUUCAGAGACUUUUUUCAAGGGCUUAGAUUUUCGUGACACUGUGGCAUGGAACACAAUAAUAUGUGGAUACUCACAACAUGGGCAGGCAGACAAAGCUCUUGAAGCUUUUAAGUUUAUGUUAGAUGAAGGUGUCGUGCCCGAUGGGGUUACCUUCCUUGGUAUUCUUUCUGCUUGUAGCCACAUGGGUUUGACUGAGGAAGGGAAAAAGCAUUUCACUUCAAUGAGUGAAUUGUACGGAAUUAUUCCUUUGAUUGAACACUAUGCUUGCAUGGUUGAUAUCCUUGGUCGGGCAGGCAAAUUUAAUGAGGUUGAAAGCUUCAUUGCACAGAUGAAGCUUACACCAAAUGCCUUGAUCUGGGAGACUGUUCUUGGGGCUUGUAAGAUUCAUGGAAAUGAAGAAUUUGGUGAAAGAGCUGCAGAGAAACUUUUUGAACUUGAACCAGAGACAGAUUCAAAUUAUAUAUUAUUAUCUAACAUUUUUGCAGCCAAAGGGAGGUGGGGUGAUGUUUCAAAGGUUAGGGCAUUUAUGUCCAGUAGGGGUGUUAAAAAGGAACCAGGGUGUAGCUGGGUGGAGGGCAAUGCUCAAAUCCACAUCUUUUUGUCUCAAGAUGGUUCACAUCCAAAGAUCUUGGAAAUUUAUCAAAAGUUGGAGGACCUUGGUCAGAAACUUGCAUCAAUAGGCUAUAUUCCGAACACAGAUUAUGUGCUUCAUAAUGUGACCAACAGAGAGAAAAGGGGGAAUCUAUUUCAUCAUAGUGAAAGGUUGGCUUUAGCUUUUGCCCUUAUAAGUAACACACCGAAUAAAACAAUCAGAAUUUUCAAGAAUCUCCGCAUUUGUGGAGAUUGUCAUGAUUUUAUGAAGCUGGUUUCACAUAUCACAAAUCGGGAAAUAGUUAUUCGUGACGUUAAGCGCUUCCACCAUUUCCGAAACGGCACCUGCUCAUGUCAAGAUUAUUGGUGAUUUUGAUCUGCUGGCAUCCAUGGGUAUGGUGUACAUGUGGAAAAUAUUUGAGGCCUAAAAUUUAAAAGGUUGUCUACAGCUUGAAGUAUAUCUGAGGUCCUCUACUGGUUUAGCAGCAGCCAGGGAGUAAAAUCAGCGACUAUGGUUUAGAGAGUCUGAGGCUGUAAGGCCAGCCAAGAGGAGACGGCAGUGAUAGGCGAUUUCAGGUUUAUUUAAUGUAUGAUAUGGAUUUGUGAGUUGAAGGAAUGAUAGGUUUGCUAUGACGAAUGAAUGGAUUGGUUUGCUGUGAGCUUAAUAAAAAGGGAGUAAUGUUAUGGUGGGUGGGGAAUUCCGCAGGCGUGACAAUAAAUGUUGCAAGAGGAACUCAAAUAGUGGACUAAGGAAGCAAUUUCUCUACUCAUUCACAUGUAGAAAAGAAAAAGAUAGCGAUACCAAAUUAGUGAUAUUGAUGGGUUAUGGCAUGGCUGAAUAAACUGCUGUAGGCACCUGUGGCUCCAGUACCAGAAAGAUUUGAAAUUAUUCCAUAAUGGGACUUCAGGCACCAAAUGUGUAAGCCAAGGUUCCGCAUUGAGUUACUGGUUCCUUGUUGUGCGCCAUCUAGGAAUGGUGAACUUUUGCUAUGAGGACCUGCUGUAGUAAUUUCUGCACUCUGCAAUUAGUCCUGUAAGUGAAACUGAGUUCAACUUUCCUGUAAAUGCAGCAGCUUUUGUUGACAGUUUUGCCAAUUACACUUGCUAUGUUCGCUGCAGUGCUUCAAAUGUGGAGCAGUGCAUAAAGUAUGUAUAUAUUAGGUACCAAAGUGGUUGCAGGAACAAUAUGAUUUGGUUACUGACGAAUGUUUCCAAAGGGAGCUGUGUUAUUGUUGCUUCUCCAGAGCUAUCGGGUUUGUUCUGAUUCUUCAAUUAAUCAGACUGCCUUGAUGCAAAGAUCAAAUCAGAUUUGGAUUUCUUGCUUGUUCAAUGUUUCAAAGACAAAGAAAUCUAACAAGAUGUUGUAAAUCUUCUCUUAUUAAUAUGUGAAAGCAUUGUUGUAGAAAGUUUGGAAGGCAAAGAGUUGCUCCUGUGGCCAAGUUUUUUUGCUUUGAGUUCUCGUGUGUGUAUUGCUUGUGUAUUAGGUCUUCUGUAAUUGGCCUGUAAUUUCCUUCUAGUUUUGUAAUUUACAAAAGUAAUUUGACA